CCCAGUCUUCUCAUCUGUGGAAGACGGUGAUGGUACUUCUUAGGAUGAUGGACAGUGGGGUCAACUGUUCUGCAGUGUUUGGAACGUUGGGCUCUGAACAAGGACACUCUGUACAUUAUGAGCAUCACUGAAGCCCAAGAGCAUGGCUGGUGGUGGCCCUUAAGAUGCAUUUUGGACGUUCUUGGGAAUCAUAUUGACAUUUGCUGAUAUAAACAUUCUCUGGGCAUAAAAUGUGCUCUCUGCAGCUGGUGCACAUCACCGCCCCACACUCCUGUGAUGCAGACCGACUGCCAUGGUCCCUGAGAGACACCCCUUUCCAUCUCCUCCUUGUCCUGAGACCUUUCCAGGCUAGCAAGCACAUGGUAAAUGGAGUGGAGAGGCUUCCCACCUGUGUAUGGAGCAAUUUCUCCUCUCUGAUUCCUCAGGACAGAACAAGACCCAAACGUGGAGACCUCAUUGAAAUUUUUCGUGGCACAUUUGAACACUGGGCCAUCUAUGUGGGGAAAGGCUAUGUGGUGCAUCUGACUUCACCAAGUGAAGCGGCAGGACCUAGCGUGAGCGGCUUGGGUUCCGUCCUGGGUAACAGAGCCAUAGUGAAGAAGGAGCUGCUGUCGGUGGUGGCUGGAGGAAACAAGUACCGGGUCAAUAACAAGAACGAUAACAAGUAUGAGCCACAGCCACCUGACAAAAUUGUCCAGCAGGCAGAGGAAAUGGUGGGGAAAUACAUUCGCUAUUCAUUGACCGAGAACAACUGUGAGCACUUUGUGAACAAGCUGCGCUACGGAGUUUCCCGCAGUGACCAGGAUUCGCCUUCAGGGCAGUGGCCAGAAAACUGCGGAACAGUUAAUAAAUCCAAGGCGUYAUGUUGGCGGCACCAGUUAACUCUGGGGGAUUUGAGCAAGCUGGUUUACAGAUCUCACUCUCUUCUGUAAUCAUGAGCACUUGGGUUAGUAAAGCUGAAUCAAAGCACAGGAUGCCUUUAUCUGAGGGAAAUGCUGCCAGCACAAAUUCUAUUAAAGAGGAGAUUGCACAAUA